AUGGAUGCAAUAUCCAAGCAGCUGGAAUUCAUAACUGACAAGCUUGGGUAUAUGGGAACGAGUCAGGUUGGGACUGAGAUGCAACAAGGAGUAGAAGAUGUGAACUAUGUUCAUCAAGGUGGCAACAACAGAAAUUUCAACAAUUACCGCCCCAACCAAGGAGGAGGUAAUUACAACCACUAUGGGAACAAGGUGCAUCCCAACUUGUCCUACGGGAACCCGAAUAAUGCCCUGCAACCACCACCCGGAUUCCAGGUAUCAAAUGGCCAAAUCGUAGAACCGAAGAAGGAUGAGCUGAAAGAUGUGCUAAUGGCCUUUAUGAAGCAAACGGGAGAGUGCAUGAAGGACUCCAACAAACGGCUAGUGCAGGUUGAAGCUAAUGUGAAUGACCUGAAUAAUCACAUGAAGAGCAUCGAUAACCAGAUAAGCCAGAUUUCACAGGCCGUGGGUAUUCAGCAUCAACCGGGCCAAUUUCCAUCACAAACGGUUGUAAAUCCUAAAGACUUUAAGGAUUGCAAAACCAUCAAUCUUAGGAGUGGAAAGAGCUAUGAGGGCCCAACCAUGCCUACAGAGAAGGAGGGGAUCUCUAAAGAAGAGAGAGUUGUAGAAGAAGUGGUGGAAGAAGAAGAAGCAGUGGAAGAGGUGCCGCCUCCUAAGGCGAGUACCGUGAUACCUGCACCCCCUGCUGAGAUCAAGAUCCCUUUUCCACAGCGCGUGCAGAAGAAGAAACUAGAUGAUCACUUCUCUAGGUUUCUUGACAUAUUCAGAAAGGUGCACAUCAACAUUCCGUUGGUAGAGGCGUUACAGCAAAUGCCUAGCUAUGCAAAAUUUUUGAAGGAAGUGAUCUCCAAGAAGCGGAGGUGGGUGGAGCACGAGACCGUCAACCUGACAGAGAGCUGCAGUGCUAUUAUCCAGAAGAAAUUGCCCGCUAAGAUGAAAGACCCUGGAAGCUUCACUAUAUCAUGCAUCGUGGGGGAUAGCCAAGUGGGCAAGGCUCUAUGUGAUUUGGGAGCGAGCAUUAACCUUAUGCCUUUCUCAUUCUUUCAGAAGUUGAAGAUUGGGACACUGAGGCCCACUACCAUCACACUCCAGAUGGCCGACCGAUCUGUGUCGUAUCCUAGGGGGAUUGUUGAAGAUAUACUCGUCAAAGUCAAUAAUUUCAUAUUCCCCGUGGAUUUUGUGGUGCUUGAUAUGGAGGAAGACCGGCAUGUCCCUCUCAUCCUGGGAAGACCUUUCCUCGUGAUAGGAGGGAAAAGAUGA